AUUGGAAGCUCACAUUGAUCUUGUCAGAUAAAUAUAGCGCGUGUAAAUAGAAUAGUAAAGUAGCGAGCGUGCACUGCACGUUUGUCCUUCUGAUUAUGGACUUAGUGCAAUUAUUUUUGUUUAUUUUAUUAAUUCAAUAUGGCGUCGGUGAAACAACAGGAGAAAACGACACAAAAUCCCUGAUAGAAUCAUAUGAGAACAAUUUAAAUACGUCAAUAGCACUAGGAAAAAAUGACAGAGUACUUGUAGAUACGUGGACAGUAGAGUUUCAAGUAAAGAGAGUGAACAUUACCACAAAAUAUAGACUCCAAAUGACCAGACACAAGGAGCAUAACUUUAAACCCGCUGACUACAAUUUAAAGUGGGGAGGCUGCGUGGAUCUGCACAGGAAAGAAAUAAGAAGGUCUGAACGAAAUUAUUACAAUCAUGAAACAGAUUGUUUGAAGAGUGUCUCCGCGUUGGACAGUGACAAGAGACGCAGUGUGGACCAGGUCGAGAAAGAGAUUCGCAAAUGGCGUAAAAGCUACAGAUAUUUAGUUAACCUGUGCGAUAUUAACAACCUUAACGAUAAAGAAGGCGCUCAGAACUGCCUCGUUGAAUACAUGGAAAGAGACAAGUUCAGUCAAGUUAUAGAAAGGCUGGUGAUAAUAAAACUAGAGGUGAUGGGAGACCUCUAUCUGCACUAUACGACCUCUUUAACUAACUUAGAUGAGUGUUUGAAGAAGCAGCUAUCUCGAUACCUGGACAGAGUGAGAGCCAUCAUGGACGUUUUGAAUAAAUGUUAUGAUCUUUGAUGUUUGUAGGUUUUAUUUAAAACAAUACGCAUCAAAAUUGGUCCAUCUUUUGGAGGCCUCAGACAUGCAUACAGAUACACAGACAUACACGUUAAACUUGUAACGCCCGUUAUUUCCGUCGGGAUUUAAUAAUACAUAAAGUAGUUACUACACU